GCGGACAGAGGUGCGGAGCUCGGCCACCGAGCGCGCCAACGGGGUCUCCGCCGGAGCCGCGGCGUCUCACCGUGCGGCUCUCACCCUUCUCCCGGACCCCGCAUCCCACCGGCCCCAGGAUGGGCGCGUGCGCUUCGGGCAGACCCCGGGCCCAGACUGGGUUCCUGCUGCUGCUGCUGCUGCUGCUGUUCGGGCUGCUGGCCCCGGGCGUGCAAGGGGCGCGGGGCCGCGGCGGCACCGAGAAGAACAGGUACCGCCGCACGGUCAACACCUUCUCGCAGAGCGUCAGCAGCCUGUUCGGCGAGGACAACGUGCGCGCCGCUCAGAAGUUCCUGACGAGGCUGACCGAGAGGUUCGUGCUGGGAGUGGACAUGUUUGUGGAAACCCUGUGGAAAGUCUGGGCGGAGCUCUUGGACGUCCUUGGACUUGACGUCUCGAACCUGUCCCAGUACUUCAAUCCGAGCUCGGUGGCCAACAGCCCCACACGUGCCCUCCUGCUGGUGGGCGUCGUCCUCCUGGCCUACUGGUUCUUGUCUCUGACCCUGGGCUUCACCUUCAGCGUCCUGCACGUGGUGUUCGGCCGCUUCUUCUGGGUGGUGCGGGUCAUCCUGUUCUCCAUGUCGUGCGUGUACAUCUUGCACAAGUACGAGGGCGAGCCCGAGAACGCCGUGCUGCCCCUGUGCUUCGUGGUGGCCAUCUACUUCAUGACCGGGCCCAUGGGCUUCUACUGGCGCAGCAGCCCCAGUGGCCCCAGCGUGGAGGAGAAGCUGGAACAGCUGGAGAACCAGGUCAGGCUGCUCAACAUCCAUCUCAACCGAGUGCUGGAGAGUCUUGACCGCUCCAACGGCAAGUGA